AUGGGCGGCCGCUGGCCUUGGCUGCUGGGUCUGUUCUCUGUAUCAGGUUGGAUCCUAGGAGCGUCCUCACCCUCCAGCUGCCCAGGAGCCUGUGGGAAUGUCUUCUCAGAAGGCCUCACCCCUGAGGGGACCCAGACGUCUUGGGACAAGGACAUCCCUGCAAUUAACCAAGGACUCAUCCCUGAAGAAACCCCAGAGAGCAGCUUCCUCCUGGAAGGGGACAUCCUCCGGCCGAGUCCCUUCCGCCUGUUCUCAGCUACCAGCAACAAGUGGCCCAAAAUCGGGGGUGUUGUGGAGGUCCCCUUCCUGCUCUCCAGAAAGUAUGACGAGCCCAGCCGCAAGGUCAUCCUGCAGGCAUUUGCUGAGUUUGAACGCUUCACGUGCAUCAGGUUUGUCGCCUACCACGGCCAGAGAGACUUCAUCUCCAUCAUCCCCAUGUCUGGGUGCUUCUCUGGUGUGGGGCGCAGUGGAGGGAUGCAGUUGGUGUCUCUGGCACCCACCUGUCUCCAGAAGGGCCCGGGCAUCGUCCUGCACGAGCUCAUGCACGUGCUGGGCUUCUGGCACGAGCAUGCACGGGCUGACCGGGACAGCUAUAUUCGUGUCAACUGGAAUGAGAUCCUCCCAGGCUUUGAAAUCAACUUCAUCAAAUCUCGGAGCAGCAACAUGCUGGUGCCCUAUGACUACGCGUCCGUGAUGCACUAUGGGAGGCUUGCCUUCAGCCGGCGCGGGCUGCCCACCAUCACACCGCUCUGGGCCCCCAGUGUCCACAUCGGCCAGCGAUGGAACCUGAGCACCUCGGACAUCACACGGGUCCUCCGGCUUUAUGAAUGCAGCCUGAGUGGGCCUGGCCCCCGUGGGAGAGGGUUCCAGGCCCAUGACAAGGGCGGGAGCCCCACUCCCGCCUCUCGACCACACCUGCAGCAGCUGCUGGAGGCGUUGUUGGCAGAGUCCAGGAGCCCUGACCCCGGUGACUCCAGGGCUGCCAAGAGCCCACCUGCCCUGGAGAAGUUCGGUGUGGCGGCCUCUGCAAGGCGGCCUCAGACCCCGGCCCCCGCCCCAAGCUCAAGGCCUGGUGCAGGCGCUCCUGGUCUUGCCCUGGAGCAGUCCCGGCCGGCCCAAGUGCCCACUCCUGGAGUGUUUCAGGCGCCCAGGUCCCGGCGUGGACGCUGUGUCCCGGCGGAUCGCGGGCGGCGGCAGGGGGCGCUCGUCAUCCGGCCAAGCGCACUUCCCCGGUCUUCGCAGGCCCGACGGGGCUCAGUCCCGGCGAAAAUGCAUUUGGGGACCGGGUCCCAGGCAGUCUCCCCGCUUCACCACCCCCUCCGCUUGGCUUCUUCCUUCUCGGGCGCCGUCAUGGUUGUGGUUUAUUGUGCUCUGGUGCCCAACACAUCCAUCCACGCUCUCCUUGGGGCUCUUGGGCGACGGGAGCAGCGAUCCACUCGCGCCCACCUUCCUAACCUCGGGAGCUCGGCCCCAGCGCCGCAGUCCGCAGGGGAGAGGUCCACCUCCGUGCCCGCGGCCCCACCUGCGCAGCGUCCCUGA